UAUUUACUUGCUUCAAAAAAACCAACAAUAAUAUUCGAUCGUAACUCUUAAAUUCAUCAAAUUACCAAGUUAGAAAAAAAUGAAGAAGGCAAUUUCAUCAUCUGGUUCUUUAAAGUUACAGCCUCCAACUUAUGGUAAACUCAUAACCAUUCUCAGCAUCGAUGGAGGUGGAAUUAGGGGAAUAAUUCCUGCCACUAUUCUUGAGUAUCUUGAAUCUCAACUCCAGGAAUUGGAUGGUGAAGAUGCAAGGCUUGCGGAUUACUUCGAUAUAAUUGCAGGAACAAGCACAGGUGGUCUAGUCACAGCCAUGCUAACAGCUCCAGACAAAGACAAGCGUCCUUUAUUUGCUGCUAAAGACAUUAAACCCUUCUAUCUUGAACAUGGCCCUAAGAUAUUCCCACAGAGAAAAUCGAUGGUACUGUUUGGAUCAGUAUUGAAAACCUUGAAAUCUCUAACGGGACCAAAGUAUAAUGGGAAGUAUCUUCACCAAGUCAUAGAAGAGAAACUAGGGGAGACUCUGUUGCAUGAGACAUUGACUAAUGUGGUCAUUCCUACUUUUGAUAUCAAGAAUCUACAGCCAACCAUUUUCUCCACUUUUGAGGCCAGAGUAAAACCAUUAAUGGAUGCUCGGCUUUCAAAUAUAUGCAUCAGCACAUCAGCUGCUCCAACGUAUCUUCCUGCACAUUAUUUCCAGACCCAAGAUAAAGAUGGCAACUUUCAUGAGUUCAAUCUUGUCGAUGGUGGAGUAGCAGCUAACAAUCCAGCCCUUGUUGCUACAAGCCAAGUGACCCAUCAAAUAAUGACUGGAAACCCAGAUUUCUUCCCAAUCAAACCCAUUGAUUAUGGAAGGUUUUUGGUGAUAUCUAUAGGCACUGGAUCAGCAAAAGUGGAACAGAAAUAUAAUGCUAAAAUUGCAUCCAAAUGGGGUAUCUUGGGUUGGCUUCUUAAUGGAGGUUCAACUCCAAUUGUGGAUGUUUUUACUCAAGCCAGUGGUGAUAUGGUUGAUCUUCAUAUUUCUGUUGUUUUCCAAGCUCUUCAUUCUGAAGAAAAUUACCUUCGUAUUCAGGAUGACACAUUAACUGGAACAGACUCCUCUGUUGACAUAGCAACCAAAGAGAACAUGGACAAAUUGGUUGAAAUAGGGAAAACUUUAUUGAAGAAACCAGUUUCAAGGGUAAAUUUGCAAACAGGCCUAUCUGAACAAUGCAAAAAUGGUGGCACAAAUGAAGAAACUUUGAAAAGGUUUGCGAAGGUACUUUCCGAAGAAAAAAGACUCAGGAAUUCCAAGUCACCUCAUACAAACAAAACCUCAGAGUAGCACAUCAUUUGUUUGGAGCACACAAGAAAUCAUUGUCUUACUUUAAAGCUUUAAUUUGUUAUAGAUGACGGGUAAAAUUCAAUUUGUGUUUGAUGUAAAGUGUAAUUCAAUUUGUGUGUUAUAAAAAGAUGUAACUUAAUGAAGUAUAAAAUUCUUGUUACCAUG